UCUGAUUGGUUACAUGUGGUCACCUGAGUGCUUCCUCCUCUGAAGGGGCAGCGCUGACCUGAGUACAAAAGCGUUUGAGGUUACCAGACAAGAAGUGCCUUUACAACAGGACAUGAGUGUGCUGGCCAUCACAGAUGCUAAAUACGUCCUGGGUGAGAAAAUGGAUGAGGGCAUUCCAGACCUUCCAAAUGGUCCAUUGGACAUCUACAGGAAAAAAGCAUCCUUCAGCUGGAAGGAUAUGAUGCGGUUUCUGGAGGAUGAUGAAAUCAUUGCAUUUAAGCAACACAUGUUCAGGACUUUGGAGAAUGACCCACUCUUUGCAAGGCUGCCUGGUGAGGAUAUCCCACUGGAGCAGAUGCGAGAGCUCACCUUCCGUCGCUGUAAACAGUUAUUUAAGUACAACUUUUUAACACGUGAUGACAUCAUGCAGAACCCCUGGAAAAUGACCAUCCUUAACGACUGCCUGGGAAUGUAUGACUGGUCUUUGGGAGCUAAGUACUCCCUCAACAAAGGGAUGUUUGGAGCCACUGUGGCAAAUACAGGAUCUCAGAGGCACUUGACGAUUGUGAAGGAUGUUGAGGAUAUGAUGGCAUUUGGAUGCUUUGCAUUGACAGAGCUGAGCCAUGGCAGCAACACAAGAGCACUGAGGACAACAGCCCGAUAUGACCCCAGCACUCAGGAGUUUGUGCUAAACUCUCCAGAUAUUGAAGCUGCAAAGUUCUGGGUGGGGAACUUGGGGAAGACAGCCACUCAUGCUGUUGUGUUUGCCCAGCUCUACACACCUGAUGAGAAAUGUCACGGCCUUCACUCUUUUGUAGUACAAGUCAGGGAUCCAAAGACUUUGUUGGCCAUGCCGGGAGUGAUGGUUGGAGAUAUGGGAAAGAAACUGGGUCAGAAUGGUCUGGAUAAUGGUUUUGCAGUGUUUCACAAUGUGAGGAUUCCUCGGGAAAACUUGCUAAACAAAACAGGAGAUGUUACUCCAGAUGGGCGCUAUGUUUCACCUUUUAAAGACCCCAAUAAGCGGUUUGGGGCAUCUUUAGGGGCACUGUCAGGAGGCAGGGUGGGCAUUACAAGGAUGGCAUUGGUCAAUCUGAAGCUAGCUGUGACUGUAGCUGUACGGUUCUCUGCGACACGCAGACAGUUUGGGCCCAAAGAGGAUGAGGAGAUUCCAGUGUUGGAAUAUCAGCUACAGCAAUGGCGUCUGAUUCCAUACCUGGCAGCAGUUUACGCACUGGAGCACUUCACCAAAUCCUUCACAAUGAACUUUGUGGAAUUUCAAAUCGGACUCCUCAUGAAAGACAAAAGUGACCGACAGGCUGAGCUGGGCAGAGAGAUCCAUGCGAUGUCCUGCGCUAGUAAACCUCUGGGUUCAUGGACGGCCCAGCGUGGCAUUCAGGAAUGCCGGGAGGCUUGUGGAGGACACGGCUACCUUGCCAUGAACCGCCUGGGAGACAUGCGCAAUGACAAUGACCCAAACUGCACAUAUGAGGGAGAUAACAACGUCCUCCUGCAACAGACUAGCAACUAUCUGCUCAGUUGGCUGCAGCACAAACAGCAAGGUAAAGGAAAGAUUGAAUCCCCUCUUGAGACUGUAAACUUCUUAGAGGACAUGAGCAGCAUUCUACAGAGGAAGUUCACAGCUGCCUCAGUGGAAGAGUGCAUGAACUCAGCCGUGCCUCUGGCAGCGUAUAAGUGGCUGGUGUGUUUCUUGCUGGGUGAGAGCCAAAGGAAGCUGCUUCAUGAGAAAUCCUCUGGACUGGGAGACUUUGAGGCUCGGAACAACAGCCAAGUGUAUUACUGCCGAUCAUUGGCUAUUGCCUAUAUUGAGCACACAGUGCUGCAGCGCUUCCAUGACCUGAGUCAGGAUGAACAGACUCCAGGUGUUCUCAGAUCAGUCCUGCAGCGUCUCUGUGCUCUUUAUGGCCUGUGGACCCUCACCAACCACACGGCCAUCCUGUAUCAAGGAGGUUAUUGUUCUGGUCGGGAGCCGGUUGAUUUCAUCCAGACUGCCAUUCUCAAUCUCUGUGGGCAGCUGAAGGAUGACGCUGUGGCGUUGGUUGAUGUGGUCGCUCCUCCUGACUUCAUCCUGAACUCGCCCAUUGGCAAAGCAGACGGUGAGCUCUACAAAAACCUGUGGUCCGCGGUCAUGCAGGGCAAGAACGUUCUGGAAAGGCCAUCUUGGUGGGCUGAGUUUUGUUCUGACAAACCUGUAGUUGGGUCUCUUCGAGCUAAUUUGUAACUCCUAGCGCUGGAGCACUGCUAGGAAACAAAUUAACUUCAAUGAAUCCCUUUGUCCAGUGUGCCUAGGUUAAGAUGAUCUGUUUUAACAUGGAGCUUGCAAUACUGUAAUCUGUUUCUAAGUUCAGCAUUGAUUUGGUUUAUUCAAAGGUAGUAAGUAACUGCUUAAAGGGAUAGUUCAUCCAAAUCUGAAAAUUCUCUCAUCAUUUACUUACCCUCAUGCCAUCCUAGAAUAUUACUUUCUUUCUUCUGAUGAACUCAAAUGGAAUAUCUCCACUCUGUAGGUCUGUACAGUGCAAGUUAAUGGUGACCAGAACUCCAAAAGAUCCAAAAAGGAGAUAAGUCAGUAUAGUGGUUUAACCCAUGUCUUCUGAUGUGAUGUGGUUGGUUUUGAAUGAAAACAGACCAAAAAUAAAACUCCUUUUUUACUGCACGUGUCUCCUUGGUGAUCAUGAUUUCAAGCUUGAUUACACUUCCUGUAGCACCAUCUAGCGCUCCACUCAUGCGUCAAGCAUUAGGAAGUGUAAUUGAAUUUAAAAUCAUGAUCGUGCCUAGAGACUGCAAUGGCAAAACAGAAGACAUGGAUUACACCACUGAAGUCUUAUGGAUACAUUUUUUGCUGCCUUUAUGUGUUUUUUUGAGCUUCAAAGUGAUGAUCACCAUUCACUUAUAUUGUAUGGACCUACAGAGCGGAGAUAUUCUUUUAAAAACCUUCAUUUGUGUUUAGCAGAAGAAAGAAAGUCAUACAUAAUUUUCAAUUUUGGGUGAACUAUCGCUUUAAGAAAUAUGAAGGAGUGGUCAGAAAAGUCCAUGAAGAAUGGCGUUGAUCAGUACGAAGUUAUGAACAGUAUUAUGAAUUAUGGUCCACUGUACACGUCAAAAAGAAUACAUAUUAUAGCAUUUACUAAUACAUGCAUUUAUUUGUUUAAUUUGAUGCUGAACUAAUAUCUUAAGACCCUAUAAAAGUGGAAGUGUUCAGUUUUUUGAUUGCUUAAACAACCAAACAGUAAAAAACAACGUCUGCAUUAUUGCACUUAUUUACAUUUUCUCAAUAAUAAUAAUAUUCAGAUGAUUAUGUAAUUCUAGAUAAUUUUGUCUUCACAUCAUGAUGAUAACUGCAUUGAUAUACAGUAGGUCUGCUAAGGAAUAAAUAUGUAUGUUUAUAAUUUUGCAGAAUGACACUUUGAUUGUGGAUGGUGAUGUUUUCAAAUCAUUGUAUGUAUGUUUAGUACAUGUUAUGAAUAAUACAUAAUUUUCUUUUAUAAUAAAUAAUUUUGAAU